AUGUAUCUAAAAAGCUUUUGUGAUGAAGCUUCAUCUGAAACUUCAAAUCAAUCUAGUAAUUCAGAAAUAAAUAUUUCUCCGGUAUAUAAUCUUUUAAAUGACAGAGAAACAAUUUUAAGAGAAUUUUUAAAUAAAAGUGGUAUAUAUCUUAUUCAUAACAACGUAAACGGUAAACAAUACGUAGGUAGUGGUACGGAUUUAGCAAAAAGACUUGCUACUUACUAUUUCCCUUCUCGUUUGGUUGAUAAUCGUUAUAUUUCUAAUUCUAUCUUAAAAUAUGGACACGGUAAUUUUUCUGUAGUUAUUUUAUAUGUUUUAGGUAAUACUGAUAUAUCUAUAAAGAAAGAUAUUAUUAGUAAAGAACAAAAGUAUAUUGAUUUAUAUUUACCAGUUCUUAAUUUAAAUCCUAUUGCUGGAUCAAGUAUGGGUUUCAAUCAUUCAGAAGAAUCUAAAAGACUUAUGUCUGAGUUUCGUAAAGAGAAAAUGAGUAAAUCUAAAUUAGGUGCCUUAAAUCCUAUGUUUAAUAAGGAAAAGUCCGAGGAAUUUGUUGCACAUAUGUAUAAAGAUAGAAAAGGUUCUAAUAAUCCUAUGUUUGGUAAAACUAAGUAUGAAGAAACCUUAGCGAAAAUAAGAAAAAAGGUUUAUGUUUAUGAUACUUUUGAAACAAUUAAAAAAUAUUUAGAUACAGAUAAAACAUAUAAAGAUAAAUACUUUUAUUCUGAACUGCAAUAA